AUGUGCUUCGCGCUCAUUUGGCCCUCGUUACCCCUCGCUUCCUCCUUGACUCUGGAUGCUGCUUGCCUCUUGCUGUUGAGAAAACAGACGGAUCUAUUGGAUCCCAAGCUAGUCGAAGAGUUUUUAGUUUUUGCGGCAUCGGCCACCCUCCCGGAUUCCAACCAGGCGCGCUUUGAGGCCAUUUAUCCAAUGGCUGCGCGGGCACUCAAGGGACUCGAGGUCUUUCAGGAGGACUUGCUGGCGCGUAGCAAGCCAGGAGAUUGGGAGUUUCAUUCAUCGCAAGCUUCAGAGCAGAGUUUGGGGGCUCUGAUCCUUGAGACACUGCGCGAACAGUUUUAUGUGCACUUGAAUAAGGAGCUGCCUUACACUUUAAAACAGCGGAUUGAGGAAGUCUCUCAAGUGGAUGGUCAACUCAACGUCCUCAUCCAAGUGACGACGCGAUCUCAAUCUCAAUUGCGUAUCGUGAUUGGCAAGCAAGGCGCCAUGCUUCGUCGCAUGGUCCAGGCAGCGGAGGCACGGUUGCGAGAUCAAACCGGCAAGUCUAUAACUCUGCGUGUCAAGCUGGCAGUGGCCAGUCAUCCCAAGUAA